AAUAAAAAAAUAAAUAAAAAAAAAAAUAAAAUAAAAAAUAAAAAAAAAAAAAUAAAUAAUAAAAAAAAAUAAAAAAUUUAAAAAAAAAUAUAAAAAAAUAAAAAAAAAAAUAAAAAAAUAAAAAAAAAAAUAAAA